AUGUCUGUCAAGACGUCAAGCGGCGGUUGUGCCGUCCAGGUGCGCCACGUAUCGUCCUACGCAGUCGUUCUCGGUUUCGUCAGCAAUCCCAACGACGACUUUGCCACCACUCAAAUCUUUUCACAGCGCGAAAGUAUCCUUUUCCACGACGUCAGAGAAUUAUCAAAACUUGGAAUAGACGAAAUAGUUUUCAGAAUAGAAAUAGUCAAAAUCUUAAUUUUAUUGCUCUCUGAACAAACAGAAAAAAAGCAAAGUAAUCGUCUUUCAACCUUGGAUUUUAUUGAUUAUAUUUUUUUUACGUGGUUGAUUCAUUUUGAGAUGUAUUUUCAUCAGACUAUCACGUGUAGUCAUAGUCAUAAACUUGUAGUUUCGCCAUAUUGCGGGAUUUCGGGAUAUUCAGCUGGCACCUUCACUGUCAGCAACUACCUUACGAUAAGAGUGAGCCAAAAUGAAUCCGUCGUCGCGAUACCGCCUUCUCGCAUCGACAUCGCCACCAUUGACGUCACAUCCUUUCCCCAACCUAAUGAUCUCAGAAAUUUGACACUCGUGACCCGCGAUCUAAGCACCUGUGCCUACCAAUAUGUCUCUUCACCUGUUGAGGUUGUGGAGGAGGAGAUGAAAGCUAUCAUCAUAUCAAAGUUCAGUUGCCCAAAGUCGCGUUGACCAAGAUUACUGUCGUUGCUCUUUCCGACGACACUGUACCCAUCACGCUUCUUCAGCGCAUCUUUUACUUUUAUCAGCAUUUCCCAGUCGGUUCGUAUUUCUUACAAGAAAAUGUAUUUUCGUUUCGAGAAGAUAAUGAACGCAAUUCUUUUUUUUUGUUUUGUUUCAAAAGAUCCCAACGGUUUCAGUAUAUAUAUAUAUAUAUAUAUAUAUCUUUGCUUUCAACCCGAAAAAAAUACACGUUUUGACUCUCUGAAAACUUUGAAACCUCUUUUUUUUUUUUCAUUUGCUAAAAUGCGAAAUCAUGUUUCAUCGUUUAUAGUCCGUUCAGAUCUUUAAUGUCAAGUAGAAUGACGUCAUUUGAAUACGCUCUGUGGAUGGCUCGCUCUCUGAUUGGUUUAUCGCGCUAUUAGGGGAGGAGCUUGAGCGGCGACUUGACAUUCAAAAUCUGAACAGACUAUACGCUCAGAAGUCGAAGAACAAAGCAUUUUUGAGGCUGAGAAGCAGCUCGAAACAACCGCUGUUAAAGAUCAUGGUCUUGCGGUGGCAAACUAUUCAAGUUUCAGAGUGA